UGGCAUAGAUGACAAGAUAAACAGUGUUUUUCCCAUUUUCCAAAUGUUCAACUGAGAAAGUAUUGAAUUUUAAGGUUCUACUUAUUUUUGGAUAUUAUUUAAUUAUGAAAAAUUCCAUGAAACUUAAAAUAAGUAAAUAUAUAAUGUUUAUAGUAUUGUAAACAUUUUGGUUAUUUUCUAUUUUAACCAUGUCAGUAGAUUAUUAACCUGAGGUAUUGCUUUAGAAGAGGCUAUGAGUUAAAACAAUUUUUCCAAAUGGAUACGACUAUCAGAAUAUCAAGUAAAACAGUAAAAAAUAAAUCUGAUUUUUUACAUGUAACCUAUAACACUGGCAAGAGUAAAGAUGCAGUUAUAUCCCUGGAUUCAUCAAAUUUUGGUCAAAGUGGCUCAGUAACAUGGGAUAAAAAGAGUUCUACCCUAUCGAAUAUAGAGAAAGUGACUAACUGGAUGAAGCAGAGUGAUAAAGAAUGUGUAGACAUGGAUUCACUGGAAGAGUCUAGUAGUAAUGAUUCAGAAUCAAAAAGUUUAAUUUUGUUUAGAUGUGACUUUAAUAAACCAACAAAGCCUCCAUCACACUUUCCAUCAUUGUUUAAUAGAUCUACAUCUCUAAUAGAUUAUUUUAAAAAUGAAAGUGCUACCAGGUCAAAACCCUCUAAGGGGUCUACAGUAUCAAGCAUGAAGGAUGAUGUAGCAUUGAUGGAAAAGAAACCUGUGAAAAAUUUUCCAAUAGAUAGUCCUGAUCGGGUUUCCAAUAACAUAUUAACGAGUGAUAAUUCCUAUACUAGUGAGAAUAAAUCUGAAAUCACUGAUGAAAUCCCUUUAAGCCCAGAAAGUCAAAAGAAGGAACUUUGUCAUUAUUUGCAAUUGAUGAACCCCGCUGAUAAAAAAGAGAUAAUAAUCCUGCAGAAUCGAAGAUCUUCAAGAGUCAGAAAUUUAGAAGAACAAAAACAACAGUUUCAGGAGCGAUUUAAGGAAGUAAAUGAUGGAGAUAAAGAAAAGAUUGAAACAGUACAAAAGUCUACAUCACCAAAAUCGGUCAAUGAAGUUCAACUUAACAAUAUGUCAAAUUCAAAGGAAUUUUCGUUACCCUUUCCACCCAAAAAAAUAUUAACUAAUGUUAUUGAUUUUGAUAAUGUGAUGUCAGAUCUGAUACCAAAGUUUAAAAAGUAUUGUGAAUCAAACAAUCUUUCAUGUAUGCAAAAGUUACGAGAACAAACAAAAGAAUCCAAUGUUUUGAAACAAAAGAAAGAUUGUAAUACAGUAAUUAGUAGAAAAACUCAUUCUAAAAAAGUUGUACACAAAAAAAUUAAAAAAUCCAAAAUCAAAUCACUGGUUAAAACAAGAAGCAGAGCUAGCUUGAAAAGUUUGCGAAGUAACGGUAAUUUGAAACAUGUUCCUAUAAGAAACUUGGUAGAAAAAAGUCAAAGGGGGUCUAGUGUCAAAAACAAAAGAGCAAAAUCUGUCGCCGCAUCAUCUAAUAGAUCCACAUUGAAUUGCACACCAAUAUCUAUAAGGUCAUCUAUUCCUCAGAUCACAUCUCCAAAAUCAAUAGGUUCUCAUUGUGAAAUAAUUUCUGUUGAUCCUGGUUUAGAUGAAGAUCAAAUAACUAUUGAUCAAAUUUUAGAAGAGAUUCCAGAUUUUGAACUUUUGAGUGAUGAGUAUAAGAGAUGCCUGAUUGAGAGUAGAAUACUAAAUACGAACAUUUUGACUACUAAUAAAAGCCAUGUGACCGAAUCAUACCAUUUUACUGAGGCUCCGUUAUAUGGUUUUACAAAAAAAGACACCCAGGAGGUUAGUAAUAUGUGUGAAAAGUACAAAAAAACCGUUUCAUUAACUGAUGAAGUAAAAGAAUCUGUGGAGAAGCCGAAAGAAAUUCAGGAUGUUGGUCGAAAAAGAGACAAAGAAGAACGUCAAGAAACUAAUAAUUCUAAUAAUGGAAAUACGUAUUUUAUUGUAAAUAUUGAUACUUCGGGCAACACAGCAGAAAUAAGUGAUUCAUCACAAGACUCAGAACCAUCAAAUAGUUCCACACAGAAGUAUGACUACUCUGCUGCAAUUAGUAACAAGGGCGAAAACUCAGAUAAUGAAGAAUUAUUUAAAGCAGUUCCCAUUGCAAAUGUAGAAAAGGGAAACUAUUUAGAAAUUAAUACUAAAAAUAUUACAAAAAACCAUAAUUAUGAAGUAACGCCGUACAAAAAACCCGAUUGUAUAAAGUCUUUGCAUAAAAGUCUCCAGUUUAGUUCAAAAAAGAAGAAUAGUUUAACUGCCAAUUCUUCGGUGUGUCAAGAAUGGGACAUAAACAACACAAAACAAAAGUUGAAGAAACAGUCCCAUACUAUUAGUAUUGAUUCGGAAAAUGGGUCAGUGUUAAAAGCCUUUUAUGUUGGAUAUAAUCUCAUUCUCUGUCAGGAGUUCUUAGUUUCAUUUUGGAUGCAAACUCCGCUAGGUAAUGUACUAGGUUCCCAACAGAUGUGGAUCCCAAGAGGUCAGACGCAAAGAAUAUCACUUAAUAAUAGAUGCCUUCAGAAAGAUUCAAUGGAGAAAGUUAUUUGUUUGGAUACAAGUGUAGUUUACAUUGAAUUGUGGAUGAAAGAGCAUAAAUCUGAAGUGAGACAAGGACCCGUGGCAGACGUGUUCAUUACUUUGUAUUACUGGAAACAAAGACAAAAUGGUUUAGAUAAGAGAGUGUUACAAUUAGAGAAUAUUAACGGCUUUGCGGAUGAUGUACAAUACUGUGUGAUGCGAAAUUUUCCCAAGAUCAUAGUCAGCUGGCAUUCAGCAAAUGAAGACAAUUUAAAUUCAAGAAAGACAUUUGUUCAUGCAUAUCAACUUGCUUCUGAUUAUCAGACGAUUUCUAAUAUAUUUGAUAUGGAACCAGUUAGUCAUUACGUAUCCUCUUUACAUAGUGUCGAAGAUUACGAUGAUCUCAUUAUGGGCUGUGGAGAAAACAAGAUUUCUUUGUGGAAUCUUCAGUUCGGCAACAUUAUAGCCACAAUAGAACUGAAUGAUAUUAAAACUCCCUUAUCUACUUUAUGGGUAAAAUGCGAUAGGGGCUUUCUUUUUGCACUACAACAAUGCGUGGACAGAGAAUUAAGAUUAGUAGCGAUCAAUGGUAUCAAUCACUCGUGGAAAAAAUUGGCAAGUUACUUCCCCCCAGAAGGAUUCGAUAGAUUAAAAGGUGUUUGCAUCGACAACGGACUGUUACUCUCCUUUUAUGAUCAAGGAAUUUUAUGUUGGAAUACCGAAACGGGUGAACCUGUUGAAGAAAUUAACGGAGAAACUGACGUAAUACCAUCAGGAGCUUACGUAAUAUUGGUGGAAAAUACGAAGGUUGUAGUAAAACAUGCUUUCACGCAUUUAAUGUCGUUGUCUUUAGAGGAAUCAUGAAAUGUAGUAAAGUAUGAAGUCACGUGUAAAGAAUAAUUUGGAAAGGUUUGUAAAUAUACAGCGAAAAAGUAAAAAUUGUUGACCAAUUAUAAUUCUUCAUUAUGGAUAUGUAUCGUACAGUAUAAAUUCCGAUGCACGUCAUUAUAUACGUUAGAGAUCUAAGUUGACAUUGUUGCCAAUUUAUAAAAAAUUCCUGAAUUCAUUUUAAAUCAAAUAUAUCACAUAAUUAUUGCAGAAGUGGAUUAUACAACAAAAUAAAUUAAUAUUUAAUGUAAAUAAAUAUAAAAUAGUAAACAGGAAUUAAGUAAUAAUCUUAUGAUAAAAACGAUGAGCCCCUUGUGUAAUAUAAAUAAGUAAAAUAGAAUAAAAAGAAACAACACUUUUUUCAUUACUUAUUUAUUUUGAAAUGUUUGAUUACACCUAGAUUUUCAACUCUUAAUCAAUGUUUUUUCUUCAACCUUAUUUAAGUUUAAGUUUUCUGAUCGAUAUGUUACCGGCCAAACCCGAUUUCUAGAUAAACUAGUUUGGCCUAGGCCAAACUAGUUUGUCCUAAACGCGAUAGGAUAAACUAGUUUAGCCUAGGACAAACUAGUUUAUCCUGUUAUUAAUACAGGAUAAAGUAGUAUACUCCUUCUCAGAGGCAUCUUUCAGUGCGUCACAGUUUUUCGAUUUCUUUCUAACGCAUUAAGUUGCGUUAGCCGAGAACGAAGAUGACUUACAACGCCUACUACAAAAAUUCAAAAUAACCGCCGAUAACCCGACACUAUCCAAAGAGAAAACCCAAUCGAUGGUAAUAUCCAGGAACCCAAUUAGAUGUAAGUUAGUAGUGGACGACCAUAUAAUCGAACAGGUAAUGGAUUGCAGAUACUUAGGUGUGGAAAUAUCUAGCGACAGGCAUCUGUGGCAAGAAUCAAAACAGCAGACAAUGAAAGCAGCGAGAAUAUCUGGUUUCCUGAGGGAUAUAAUCUGGCGGAAUAAAUAUAUGAGCACCGAAAGCAAAGUCCGCAUUUAUAAGACAUGUGUUAGACCCGUACUGACAUACGCAGCUGAGACAAGGGCCGAGACAACAAAGACCAAACAGAUAAUGAGAACAACAGAGAUGAAAACCCUAAGAUCCAUAAGAGGUAUCACACUCAGAGAUAGAGUACGAAACGAAGACACAUUGAGAGAGCUAGGCGUUCAGGACGUAGUGAGAUGGACAAGAGCGCGACGACGCAUGUGGAGGGACCACGUAGAUCGGAUGGACCCUGAACGUAUGGCGCAUUGGGCGAAAACACAGAAGCCCAACACCAAGCGACCCAUAGGAAGACCCAAAAAACGAUGCUACGAGAGUUGGAGCUCCGGAUCGCAGCAAAGACUGUAACAGAAGAAACAGGACAUAGUCCUAUUACAAGAAGAAGAAGAAGAAGAAGAAGCAUUAAGUUGGAAGUGCCAGAAAAAAGGUACGUCCGUGAUUAAACAAAAAAUGAUUUAUGUAUUAUCUAUACAACUAUAAUCUGUACAAUUUAUAGACUAUAAAAAAUCAAAGAACAUACCUUUUUAUAAAUGAAAUUAACACAAUUGAUUUGUCUUUUUACCAAAUUACAAUUCUGACAACUGUCAGAUUUAACUAAAAUGUCAUGCUAUGAUUCUCUACAUUGUUAAAAUCAUAUAUUACGUCAUUAAUGUCACACUGAAAAACCGAGAAGAACUUUAAAUUAUGGCCGUAUAGAUAUGUAAUAGGUAAAUAAUGGGUAAAUACCUUAAUCAUUUAUUUUCCGAUUAUAGCGCCAUCUAUCAACAACUGGAAUAAAUGUUAUAAAUUUGUAUGUAUCACGGACGUACCUUUUUUUCUGUCACUUGUGUCGCACUGAAAAAGGCCUCUGAGAAGCACCAUACAAAUCCAAAAUAAACAGAUAAACUGAAUAAAAUACUCUGUAAUUGGAAAGUAAUGAUUUUUAUUAAAACAAUAAUGAUUCGUCGUUAAAACUAAUGUAUUGGUAAUACAAACAAUCAUAUAAUAAAAAAUAUUAAAUGUGUUUUUAUAAAAGCAACAAUUAUUAUACCUCAAUUAUAAAAAUUAUGAUUUAUUUUCCCAUGGAGUGCUUUGGUGACACUUAGAAUUGCGGAGUAUCAUUGCCUUCUUGCACUUGCAUCUGUUUGUGGAACAGUUUUUGUUACAGCUGCAUUUUAUAUCAGUUUAUAUCUGCUUCCUCUCAAAAAAUUUGGUGGUAAAUGUUGAAUUCUGAUUUGAAAUAAAUAUUAUCAAAUGCAGCUGCAACAAAAAGUGUUCUACAAACAGAUACAAGUGCAAGAAGGCAAUGAUACUUCGCAAUUCUAGGUGACAGCAAAGCACUCGAUGGAAAAAUAAAUAAUAUGUUUUAUAAAUUGAGGUAUAAUAACUAUUGCUUUUAUAAAAAAAAAUACUGAUUAUUUUUUAUAAUAUGAUUGUUUGUAUUACAGAGUAUUUUAUUCAGUUUAAAUAUCUAUUUAUUUAUGCUUUGUAGGUGUACUAUAAUGUUAAUACUAGGCCGUACUAGUUUAUCCUGCAGUGUUCGUAUUAAUAUCAGCAUAAACUAGUGUGGACUGGGCUAAACUACUUUAUCCUAUCGCGUUUAGGACAAAGUAGUUUGGCCUAGGCCAAACUAGUUUAUCCUAACACGUUCAGGACAAACUAGUUUGACCUAGGAAAAACUAGUUUAUCCUGAAAUCGGGUUUGGUCGGUAACAGAUACAUUACAAUAAUUAUUGCAUAUGCAUAUGAUAGUUUUAUAAUACAUAAUUUCUGAACAAUCUAAAACAAGUGUCAUGUUUAGAAGUUACACACCAGUACAUGCUUCUGUUUCCAGAUUUUAGUCUUUCUUACUUUUUUCAUCCAUCUUAUGUUUUUUUAUCAUCAGUUUAAACAUAUGAAAAAUUAAGCUUAAUUUUAAUGCUCAAAGAUAAUAAAUAUAAUAUCAAAUAUAAAUAUAUUAUAUUAAUAUAUUAUUAUAUUUGAUAUCAUUUAUACAUUUCUUAUAAUAGUAAAAAAUAAAAACAAAACUGAAGUGUCAACACCGCAACUGUCAAAUAAGUGUUACCAAUGUAUGCUAAAAUAUCACCUUCGUUCGAUCGCAGUUUAAGUGUGAUCCGUAUAAGUGUGCUUCAUAAAAUCGCUUUCUAAUCCACUCAUAUAAAUUAAAUUAAACAAGUUUUGGUGCAUUUACGUUUACAUUAUUGGAAAUCUUCAAAUAUUAUUUCUACGCGUAUUAAUAAAAUAUGUCUAAUGCCUGUAAUUCCAGUGUACUUGGCUAAAAGAUUCUAAGAACGAACAGACCUACGACUUGAAUAUUUUGUGUUGGUAUCAUGUAACGUCACUUGGUAUGACGCGGAUGACGUGUAUCGGAAUUUAUACUGUACCAACCAUAGGUAAUAGGGAACUUGCAAAUUUUUUUAUUACAUAAUAAUGUUUAGUUUUGUUUAAAAAUGAGAUUUCCAAAAUUUCACGCUUCAAAAACUCAUAAUAACUUAGAAGUACAAAUUUACAGUCUUCUGUGAUUUAAAAUAGUUCAAAAGACCCGUGACGUCACAUAGUGAACUUUAUGGUUAUAUUUAUGGUUAUGUUUAGGUAUAUUCUUCUUCUUAUUCUUUAGUUUAUUGGCCUCCACCUACUUGGGUAUUUGGCCAGCUCAUCGUCGCGCAAUAAGGGAAAAAUAUUUAUAUUCUAAUGACAUUUAUCCUAUAUCAUUGUAAUAAUAUAUACCAGUUUGUUGAGAUUGGAGUUUGAUACAGUUUUUGAAGGAAAUGAAAGAAGGUUUGCUAUGGAAAAUAAAAGAAAACACUAAGUGUUGUUUAGUGCCCUUUUGUAAAAGUACAAGUUUUCUAUGUUUUUAAAAUAGUUCAAACGAUCAAACAUAUUUUCUACUGACGUUUAUAAUGUCUAAUUUAAAAUUAUAUACAAUUUUGUUUACUUUGUUGUCGCAGAAUGUAAACACAACCAUAUUACGUCACGACGCGUUUUGGGCUAGCUGCAGUAAUUCGAUUAUCGUCUUUAGGGGCAAAACGGAACACAAACAAAACUUUUUUAUCUUUGAUACAUGUUUUAAAUUAUGUUCUGUUGUGAUUUAUAACAUUUUUUUAGAAUUUAAAAUUUUAUGCAAGGUCCCUAUUAUUGUGCGGGUUGAAGCCGUUUCUUAUGUCUUGCAAGACUGCAAACAUAAGAAAAUGAACUUACGUAUUAUUAUUAUUAUGUAUUAUAAUUGAAGAGGUGAGUGCCUGAAUGGGUUAUGUGACAAAAAGUUGGUUCUGAAAUAAUUGGACUUAUCUCUGACCUGGCAUUUUUUUAUAUUCAUUUUUAUUUUCUAAAUUGUACUCUUAAUUGGUGUGAAUUUUUUUCAAUGCAUAGAAGAUGUAUGUGUUAUUUGUGGUCACAUAUCUCAUUCGCCAUAAAAAAUAUUUGUUACUAGUGGAGGCUGGACGUAUGUGCUUAAUAAUGUUACAUAUCUCCUGUUUGCCAAAAAACUUUAUAUUUUCUGAACACAAACCUCCUUUAUGACCCCAGUAUCUCAGUAAAUAAAAUCUCUAGAGGACUGGGCUCAGCGUCAAAACACAAUGUAAUACACAGAACAACUUCAUUCCCAUCGACAGAUGGAAUUUUUAUAUUUUGUUACAUAACUCUUUCAUGCUCUCACUUCUUCAAUUGUGAUGAGAAAGUUAUACGAUUUAUCAUGACUAAAUUUUCGCAGAAACGAAUACCAACAGUAAGGAAAAUAUUUUACAAUAUUCAAUAAGGUACUCAACCUACCAAAAUAUAAGACACUAGUUUCGGCCGUAACGCAGUGGCUAUAUUACUGGCUUAACAAGUUAAAGAGCACUGGUUUGAUUCCCGACACUGAAAAAAUUUUAAAUUUCUAAUUUAACUGAGCCGCCACCGUGUUUCGGCGGGCACGCAAAGCCGUCGGCCUCGGCUACGUAAGUGGUCGUUAAAUCAUGUUAGGUGCACAAGCGCGACCUGAAAAUCCUAACAAUAGGACCUUAUCCAGAAGAGGAACUUUACUUUUACUAAGAUCUGUUUUUAAACUAGGAGGAGUAACUCAAAUUUACCGCGCCGUAAUGCUUGUUUGUAAUUAGUCCUACCACAGGCAAGUUUACUCCUCUGUUAUGAAAUUUUGACACUAUUGACAUUUAUGAAAUGUUGUCACUAUUGGCAUUUCAUAGGUUAACACUUUAAGCUCCGGGCCAAUAUCAAAUAUUUGUCUCAUAUGCCACUUGUCUCUACCCAAGUAGCAACGCUUAAAUGGAAGUUCGCCGGACACACUACGGCAGAAGGAUGAAAGAUGGACUAAGAUGAUUAUACAUUGGAGACCGUGGAACCACAAACGAAAAAGGGGAAGGCCACAGAUGCGAUGGUCGGAUGACCUGAAGAAACACACUGGGUCAAAUUGGAUGCAAAUUGCACAAGAUAGAGAGGCAUGGAAGAAGGAAGAGGAGGCCUACAUCCAAGGAUGGAUGUUUAGGGCUGAUUAGAUAGAUGCCACUUUUAUACAGUCAUUGGAAAAUUUUUGAAAUGUAAAUGUCGGUGGCAGCUGGUUGAUAGCAAUGUGAACACGGGAGCCGUGUCGGCGGACCUGAAAGUGUUGUUAUAAUAUGUCUUUUGAGUUUACUCCUCCUGGUUUAAAAACAGGGUACGGUGGUAUUUAGGGAUUUAGCUAUCUCAAAUCGAUUCAAAUUGUACGAAUGUGUCUGAGUUUAGAUAAGACCUAAAAAGAGAUGGGAAGACGAAGUCGAUGAGGAUGCCAGGAACUUCCUGGGAACGCGUUCAUGGAAAAGAACAGCGGUAAAUCGAAAUGAUUGGAGAAGCUUGUUGAAGGAGGCCAAGGCUUUGGACUGUAGUGCCAUUGAAUGGAUGGUCUGAGUUUAGAUAACAGUGUUAAGGCACAGUAUAAUACUAAAGAAUCAGAAAGGUCGCUCCGCGAAAAUCCUUUGUUCUCUAUGUUCCAUUUUGGUGACGACGCAUCAAAAAUGUUAGUCCUUCGCGCAGAUGAAUGAUAGCGGAUGUUAUACAGACUACACUAACGACAUCCUGCGUUUGCCGUGAUUGGUCGUUAUCUUCAUCUGGUUUUCAUGAAUUUUUUGGGGUUAUGUUUGAACAUUUAAAAUUUUGCCUCGGGAGUG